AUGCACGAAAAGGCAGCUCCCCUGAAGAGCCCCGAGCCCAUGCACGGCCGUGAGAAGCUGGAGGCAUCCCACAAAGAGAAGAGUUUGGAUUCCCUCGACGGCAGCCUCCACCUGAACGAAGCCCUGAAGGAUGAAGACCUCAAGAAAUGCCAGCGGGAAGUGGCCGCCAGCAAGUACAACUCCCAGUACCAUAAGCUGUUCAAGGACAUCCCGACGGAGGAGAGCGUGCUCAAAGUUUGCUCCUGUGCGCUCCAGAGAGACAUCCUCAUCCAGGGAAGGCUUUACAUCUCUCCCAACUGGCUCUGCUUCUACGCCAACCUCUUUGGGAAGGACAUCAAGGUCGUGAUCCCGGUGGUCUCCGUGCAGCUGAUCAAAAAGCACAAGACGGCUCGGCUGCUGCCCAACGGCUUGGCCAUCACCACCACUGCCAGCAGAAAGUACAUCUUCGUAUCCCUCAUCUCGCGCGACAGCGUCUAUGAUGUCCUGAGGAGGGUCUGCACGCACCUGCAGGUGUCAAGUAAGAAGAGCUUGAGUUUGAAGGAGCUGACAGAGGAGCCUGAUGCUGUGUCACUGGAGGUGAUUGUCCCUGAGGGCAAGUGGAGGAAGGUGUCGCCUGCUUCACUGUCACUGUCGCUGCCCGAUGCCGACUACCAGUGCAUCCACCGCACCUCUGUCAGCAGCCUGAGCGCCAAGGAGAGCUCCUUCACCUCUGAGGAGCCCCUGGUUUCAGAAAGUGCAAUAAACACGGAGGAGGAGCUGGAGGCGGAGCAGAGCUGCGUGGCGGAGCUGAGACCUUCUGACUACCAGCUCCUGAAGAUCUUCAUUGUGCUGAUCUGCCUCCUGGUCGUGUCCUCAUCCUACUUGGCUUUCUUCCGUCUGCAGCAGCAGCUCUGCUCUCUGAACCGGGACUACCUCUCCCGCGGACACAGGAGGUGA